AUGGAACAGAUCAAACAGUACGGCGCCGCAGGUACGCUGUCGUACGUGACGGUGGAGCUCAUCUUCUGGGCGAUCGCGUUCCCGGCCGCUGGCUGGGCGUACCACCAGCAGAGCGGGGAGUGGUUGGAUGUGCUGCACGCCCCGGAGGACCGCGCGGCGCUGCUCGCGACCGCCGCGGGCCUGGUGGGCGCCGCGCGCAUCCUCGUGCCCGUGCGGUUCGCCGCAGCGCUGGCGCUCACGCCGACGAUGCAGAAACUACAGGCUUUGCGCGGGGCGGAAGGGAACAAGUAG